AUGGGCCCAAGGCCUAAGUACACACAGGAACAACUGGUCAAUAAAUCGAAGAGCCCUGAAAGCCCUAAAUCAAAAUCUCACUCUGCAAGAUCUCCUACCCAAACUACUCCUCGCACCGUCCGUCUGAUCAAUUAUGAUGACUAUUCCUACUCUCCUACAAACUUCUCAGUAUUCCCGGAUUUCGACCUUGAUACGUUGGAUGUGUCACAAAACUAUGACUUGAUUGGCAAUAGUAACUACUUUGCUACUUCGGUUGAUCCUGGGUCUCCCGGGGUGCAGAAACCCAGCCAACAUAGCCACUAUCUUUUCCAUCCUCUCGCCAAUGAGGAUUCCAGCACCAACCGCUGUUCGCUUCCCAACUUGCCUGCUUCCGACCCAAUUGUGGAAUACCCUUCACUUUACGAAUCCAGUUCAACAACGUGUUUGAACACGCUUUCCUCGCCCCCAAUGCAUCCUUUUUCGUUAAAAACCCAUUCCUGUAGCGAAACUGACACAUCAAAGAUCCAAUUUUCUUCUUUCUUCGAAUUGGAUGAAAUCAGUGAUGUGAGUGACCCAGAAAGUAACGACUUUGAUGAAGAUGACGAUGACGAAUACUAUAAUGAUGACACAGAUAUGAUUGAAGCGCAAUCCCAAUAUUUGAGUCCUCCACAGAUGAAUGACUCCAGACCAGAAAAUCGGGAGAUCGAUGUUGGUUGCAACUCAAAGAAAAUUUGGGUGCAAGGGCUUCCCAAGUUUGCCUCUCACGCUAGUGGCUCACAGGUUGCCCAACAAGAUACACCCACAAUAUUGACACCAACCAGUUGUUCUCCAACGGAAUCCUGUUCAGCUUCCGUUGCCCCCAUUACACCUCCCAACUCUACGGUUGCCAAGAAAACUCUUUUCGCCGAAAGAGAUGAGAAAACAGAAUCACAAACGGAAUUCGACGAUGUUUUCGAUUCACUGGUGUAUGAUUUGGAGAACAAAGAUUACAGCCACUACAAAUCAUCAAUCAAAAUCCCGUUGCCCCCACUUUCACAGUCAAGAUACGAAAAGAUUACUGAAUUAGCAGCAAAUAAAAAUCUAAAUAUGGUCCAAGUUGAUGACGUUCUCAAACUGUUCAAACUGCGCAACUUUGAUCUGAAACUUAGACUGCUAGCCAGGGUUUUAGGUCAGAGGAGAGAGGAGCAAAACUUUUAUCCCGAACACACCAACGAUAAGGGGCUAGUCUUGACUGAAUCCAAAGAUGGAAGCUUGAGCAUCCUCGCUAAAACUUAUGCUGGUCAUGAGGAUAGCUGCUCAAUAAUUGAGAAUUCGAUCAUUUCAUAUUUCAAGAAUAUCAAGGAAUUUGCUAUCUAUUUCAGGCAGCCAAAUGAUACGGAAUCAAAAACAAAAAAGCCAUCUGCAGGAGGGAAAAAGCAGAGAUUAGGCAAAUCACGAUUGACACAUGACAGUAAGCAUGGAAGCACAAUUUAUAUCAAGAGACCUUUGAAUUCGUUUAUGUUGUACCGGACAUCGAUGGUGAAAGCAAUUGUUUUACUCUCUUUAAUAGACUCAUUAUCGUCCUUCGUUUUCGAAAGAUUGCAGAUGCAAUAUUCAUCUUAUGAUCCACAAGCGGAAUUGGAAUAUCUUAAGAUGAUUGAUUCCCACCUUACCGAGUCUCUUGCCCAAGAGUUGAGGCAAGCAUGUGUUAUUCACAAAUACAACCACCAUCUGCUCAUCCAGAUAGUUGCUGUUAUGUGGUCAACCGAACUCAACAGUGUGAAGAAGACAUUUAUUUCGUUAGCACAAUCUGAGAAGAAAAUUCAUGCCAAAUGUUAUCCCAAUUACAAAUACCACCCCCAAAGAAAGGGAUAA